ACUGCUAUAUUCUUAUGCUAUCUUUGGAAGAACGUUAUUUCUGCACUUAGUUACGUACUAUUCUCAUAUAGGAUCAAAAUAUUCCCCUCUCCCCACUCCCUCCAACACACCUCUCUGUGUCUCAAAUCUUUCGUCACAGUUACACGCAAGGCACAGUGAAAGAGAAACAUUCCCCUUCAGCACAAUAACACCACUUCGCCGUUUGCAGUCCACUCAUACACAUUCCAGCGAACGCUUCUCUACACCGUCCUUCUCUUUUGCUUGAAUCAAGUCCACGCCAUGCAUCGACAACGCCUCCUCCUCCUGCUCCUCCUCUCCUUCCUGGAUGGCACCUUGGGUAAUAUUUCGGAGUUGGUCGCGGACUGCACGGACUUCCAGCGGUGCCAGUGUGCCCGAGGCGUAACAGGAGGGAGGCCCGCCAUGGCAAUAGUCACCAACACCAAGACCAACAGAAGGUGUAUAGGCGUGCUCAUUAACGACCGUUACGUGAUAUCAACUAGUGAGUGCACAGUUGGACUAGACCAAAAAAUCAUUAACCCAGAACUAAUCGUCACUUUUGAAAAUUCAAACCAGGAAUUUGAUGUCAGCCAGAUCUUCGUCCACCAUAACCACGCAAGGGAGAUUCUGCCACACCUGUUCGACAUGAUGCUGAUCCGCCUCACCCUCCUGGUUGACAUGAAGAAGUACGUUCCCAUCUGUCUCCCUCACGCCUCCCUCUUGGUGUACAGCGGCACUCCGGCCUGGGUCAUGACGGUCGGAUUGAGGCCUCUAAGCGUCAAGGUCCAAACUGGCACUUGUUCCUUCAUGCGCCAGAUUGGUGGCCAUGUGCGGACCAUUCGUGUACGCCCCGGCAUGUUUCUGUGUGUUGGCAACAUUAAGACCUCCUUCUGCUACACGGAACCAGGGUAUCUAUUAAUCAUGAUGGUCCACGGUUGGUACAUGUUGCUUGGUAUUUCCUCCUCUAACUAUCUGUUUCCGAUGUGCAGCUAUUCUCAGGGACUCUUCUCCGAGGUGCUGCCCUACCGAGCCUGGAUCAGGAAUAUUACCGACGACUCUUCUAACUGCCAGUUCGUGUACUAG